AAUAAUGGAUUAUAAUAAUAAAAAAACGGAACGCAGACAUUACAUGUUGCCGAAUGCCGGAAUGCCUCCUGAAACAGCACAACAUACUCAAAACCAGGAUAUCUUAAAUUUUGAAAUGAGCAAUAUUAAUGCCGUCACCAAUCUUAGCGAGAUUUCGGAAAACAUUGCACACGAGCCACAUUCACUUAUCUUUUCAAACACAUUCAACAGUCAACAUCCACCCAUUACUAGUAAUGAAAAUGAAGCCAUAGCAACACUAGCACUUGCGAUGGUAGCGAAUGAAACUAAUGUGUCAAGUAACAAUGUAUCGCAAAAUCAUAAAACUCAUGAAAUUGCGUCAAUCAAACAAUUUGUACCAACUCACAAUCAGCCGCAGACUUUAAUGGAGUUAAAUUCUCACGUAUCAGAAACAGACUCAAUGUCACCUUCGACAGUUUUACCUUCCGUAAACAAAGAUGAUAAAACGGAUACUGAAUGCAUCAGGAAAUGUGACUGCACUUCUAAUUACAAUGACACUUUGUGUAACAAUAAAAUUAGACAUUCAAGUAAUAGUAAACAUAAAUUUGUGUGUCCUGUAAAAAAGUGUCAAAAGUCAUAUCGUUGGAAGUCACAGUUGGAAAUACAUAUGAGGUCUCAUACCGGUGAAAAACCGUAUGUCUGCACUUGGAAGAACUGCGGUCAAAGGUUCAGUCAGGUGAACAAUCUGAACCGUCACAAACGCUUGCACACUGGCGGUGAGGUACAUGCGUGCAAAAUAUGUUUUAACAAGUAUUCGACAAAAUAUCAUUUAAAAACAAACGAAAAAUGUAUGCAUAAUAUGCACAAAGGAUCAUGAA